AUGUCUCUUUCAUUAGGCUCCUCGAAUCAUCAUGCACAUUUGAGUUCAUCAGCUGCAGAAGAAAUUCAAGGCGCAGUAAAUAUUCUAGCUGGUCGUCAGGUUUUUCCAAGUGCCGGUUCAAGUUGUACUCGUCCAGGAAUUCGUGUGAAAAGUGCUUCUGAAUCUCAGCAUCUACUUGUUAUAAGUAAAUCGCUGUCUAAUUCAAAGGAAGACUUUUCUCCUUGUGCAUUUGGACAAUUUGAUGAGAAUCGUGUCUAUACAACAUUGUUUCGUCAUAGUACAUGUUAUGAUGUCCUACCAGAUAGUGGAAAGUUGGUUAUCGUAGACUCACGUCUACCCACAUUACGCGCAAUUUCCGCUCUUCUUGACAAUGGAGUGAUAGCUGCACCAGUUUGGUGUUCUGAAACACAAUCCUAUUUAGGUGUUUUCUCACAAGAAUUAGCUCUCGAUAUGUUAGGACAUUUACACUAUUCAGAAGUGAAUACUAGUGAUGGGAUUGCUGACAGUCAGUCGAGUACUUCGACAAAGCCAGGUAACACAUCUACUUCGCCUACCUCACCACCACCGACAUUGUCAUCAUUCAAUUCAAGCCUUUUUAGAUGGGGAUCAAAACAGUUGGGUGAUGUUCUAAAUUUAAUGUAUGGCCUAUCUGAUGGUCGACAACUUACAGAUCUGUUUGUUCAUCCACAAUAUUGUCUACAAAAAGCUCUCUAUCGUUUAUUCCAUCAUCCUGAACAACAUAAUAAUCUAAAUAAGCACAACCAGUAUAAUAAUCGUCAGCAUCAAAAUCUGUUGAAAUUCAAAUUAUCCAACGCUAGUGGUCAUCGUGCUUCAUAUCCGAAUAAUUCACCGAAAGCAUUUCUGGACGAAGAAACAGUCGGUCCUGGUGGUGGUGGUGUUGGUAGAUUUGCUCGACAAUCCUCAACCUUUUUCCCAUCGAAUUCAAAUCAUUCCUCAUCAGCAGUUAGUAUCUCUGAAGGUGGGAAUGAUUCUGCAUCAUCAUCACUACCAGCAGCGAAUCUGAAUUCACCUCUUUAUCAACAGUCGGCGACGGCACCGACCUCGACUACUCCACUGAUUGGUUCACAUUCUUCUUCAGCAAAUUCAACAGAUCGUAAUAAAAUGCAGGAUUCAUCAUUACUUGGAUCAUCAUCAAAUGAUAAUAUUCAAAGAGUAUCAUCAAAGUGUUGUGCUCAUUCGAAUCCAUCUUCAUUGUACACAUCUCUACUGUCGUAUUUACUUGUUAUUGAUAAUCAGAGUGGAAAUGCACUUGGCCUGCUAGGAUCUGAUCGUCUAUUGGCAUAUUUACGUCUACGUGUAGAUGAACUACCGAGUACAGGAAGAAUGAUUAUGCCUAUUGGUUCUGUUCAUGGACUUCGUUGGAUUGAACGUUAUCCAGGAAAAUCUGCUGAAGUAAAUUCAUCAACUUCUUCUAAUUAUAUAUCACCAUCCCUGAAUAAAUCAUCAUCAUCCACAAUAUUCAAUAAUGAUUAUUUAACACAACUAAAAGAAGUUCCAGUUUUACACCUAACCGAUCGUGUUUCUGAUGCUUUACACGUGUUUAUGUGUUGGUUACCCCAGCUACCAUGUCUUCCAGUGAUACAUUUUGUUGAUAAUGAUCAAUUACGACCUAUUGAUUUUAUUGGUUUACUUUCACCUGGUGAUUUAUUGAAUUUUAUCAUGUGUUCUACACCGGAUACUGCAUUGGAUGAACCAAUCAGUAAAAUAAUGGAGAAAAAGUCACUGCAUUGUCCAACUCAACAAAACUGUGUUUGCUUCGUCACUGAGACACUGGCUAUCGUCUUGGAUCGUAUGUUUCGGCUUAAAGCGCCAUGUUUAAUAAUGUUCGAUACACGGAAAAGCAGUGCAUCAUGUGCUGUCGCCACAAAACCAUUUGGUCAACCAGUUGGAAUGGUGACAGCUAAGGACAUCUUGCAUUCAGUUAUUUUAGGCCAUCGACAUCGUCAUCACCAUCACCAUCACCGGGAAAGCGGACGACAACAACACCAACAUUCAUCUCAGCCUGAAAAUAUUAAUCAAAGUCCUUCAGGUGUUGAUGUCAGCCUACCGCAUGGCUAUGGCGUUAAUCAUAGUAGUAAUAAUAAUCAUAAUAUAUACAAGAGUAGUGGUUCUUUUGAAUCGGGUAUUCAUUCAUCAAGUUAUCAAGAUGGUCGAGAAUUUAUUCGUGGUGAUUUGUCAUCGAAUAAUCAUAAUAAUAAUAGUAAUACAGAGCAUGUUCAUUUUGUAGACAUUGAUGAAAACAAGAAACGAUCUCCAUCACCAUUAUCUGUAUGUUCACUUUCAUCAACGGGAACAUUUUCAGCGUCAAGUCCAGAGUCAGAUGUAGAACAGUCAUUGUCGAAUGAACCGUUCAAAUCGGCAUGUAAUGAUAGCAAUAGUAAUAAUAAUGUUAGGAGAAGCGGUGAUUGUAAUUGUUCAUGUCAUCGUUAUGACAAUGGCGGUAAUAAUAACAAUAAGGAUUCUAUAAUUCAUCAUCAUCAACAACAACAACCGAUGAUUUCACCAUCAUCAUCAUUAUCACCAGGAGGCGGUCGUCAAAGUCAUCCUCCAGUGAAAAAUCUUCGUGAUGAUUCUACAAUUAGUUCAGGUUCUACAGGUUUAGUCGAUAAAAUAACUAGCCGAUUUUUACCGCACAAUUUCAUCAUGCACCAUUCAGGUUGGUCUUCAGAUCGACGAUCUUCUGAACCGUAUACUACAACAACAACAACAAAGAAGAAGGAUAAAAUGAAGAGAAAAAUGCAUCUGCUUGAUAGCCAAAGAAGACCUAGUCCACAGAUUAUUGCCAAACAAUCAACGUCGACUACUCCUCCUCCUCAAUAUCACCAUCAGCAACACCAGCAACAACAUCAUGUUCAUUAUGCUGAAACCAGUCAUUGUGCUUAUCCUGUUAGCAGUUUAAUGGCAAUUGAUGAGACAAUGACUGUUGGCAGUGGAGUCACUUCGAUUACUAUUACUACGAAUAGUACUAAUACUAAUAUUACUGUUAAUAAUAAUAAUAUUUCAUCAGCACAAGUGAAUACAACUGUAACAAAUGUUACUGAGCAUCAUAUGUUGCCAGCUACUGGUGGUAGUAUUAGUACUAGAGAAGAAGAUGAUGCCGUCUUUCCUAUGGACUAGACAAUUCACGAUAUUAUCUAUCCACAAUUAUAAACAUAUAUAUAUAUGUGUGUAUGUGUAUAUCCCAUCAACUAACUGGAAUACUUUUUCACUCGAGAGAGUUUACUCCCUCAUCCUGUUGUUGUAUUUCUCUCUCCUUCUCAUUUUGUAUUGUUCAUCUUCAUAAAAUCAUGAUCUCAGAUAUAUAUAUCAUCGAUGUCACUGAUUUCUACCGACCGACCACCCGCUCGCCGGCCCGCCACCCCCCCUUUCCAUCCGUCAGUGCAAGUUAUAAUCUAUCUUGAAUAAUCUACAAAAGUGCCUAACCAGCUCACUGACUAACUAACCAACCGAUUAACUGAGGUAAGUGAUUUUGUUCUGAUGUUGUGUUACUCUCAGGAUCUCAGAGAGGGAGAUGGAGAGAGAGAAACGCGUGCACACACACACACAAAUGAUUUAUCUAUCCUCAAGACAAAUACAAAAAAAAGAGAAAAACAAAUUGACAACUCUUCAUCACUUCUGUAUUGUGUGUACUAGUUUUUUCUAAUCCUUGGCGGAAAUAUCGCCUUUUACUCUGCUGUAGAUGAAAGCAUCGCCGAGAAACCCCCCAACCACCACCACAAACACAAAAAAUAACAUUAAUACUCAUGUGUGUAAAAGAUUAUACUCAAAAUGAUUAUAAUAUUGUUGCCUGCUCUCAUCCGGACCACCCCUCUGCAACCCAACUUUCUUUUUGAUAUUUUCUGUCCAUCUUUAUACUACUAUAUAUAUAAACAUAUAUAUAUUUAUGCAAAUAUAAAUGUUAUUUCUUGUAUUACAAUUAUAGUGAGAAGUGAUGAGUUAUUGAUACAUAGAAUGAUUGAUUUAAUAGAAAAGAUUUGUAGCUCAGGUGGGGAUUAUUUCCUAUUAAUAGUGUUCUCUGAGCUGGUUGGUUUGUAAAAACAGAAGACAAGGGCCAGGAAACAGAUCGUUUAUUAAGGAAAUC